AGUCCAAAGAUGGUGGAUGGUAAUUGGUUGGCAAACAAAGACAGUAAAGUCAACGACUUUUGGUCUUCGUCUUGUUCUUUUCUUCUUCUUUAAUAUUUUAAAGUAGAAGGUAGACGAUCCUGGAACUGAGAUCAGUCUAGCUUUUCACUCCGCCAUAUUUGAUAAGCCAUCAAUCAUGGAUGCCGACACCCAGAGUAAAGAUAUUGAAGAUUCAGGUUAUUCAAGGCUUGUGCUGUUUUCCUUCUGGCAGAGCUCCUGCUCAUGGCGUGUUCGAUUCGCCUUUAACUUAAAAGGGCUUUCCUAUGAGUACAAAGCAGUGAACCUUGCAAAAGGGGAGCACUUCAGUCCAGAGUUUGAAAAGUUAAAUCCUCUGCACUUUGUGCCCGUGUUAGUUGAUGGCAAUGUGGUGAUCUCAGACUCUUAUGCAAUCUUGCUGUAUUUGGAAGAGAAGUACCCACAAAGAGCCCUUUUACCUACUGAUCCACAAAGAAGAGCCCUGAAUCUUCAGGUCUCCAGCAUUAUCAGCUCUAGCAUACAGCCUCUUCAUAUGUUGUCUGUGCUGAAACAACUCGAGGAAAAAGUUGGCCGUGAAGAGAGCUUGUUGUGGGCUCAAUCGAGUAUAGAAAGAGGUUUUCGAGCUCUUGAGUUGUUGGUUAAAGAUUUUGCCAGUAGAUAUGCUACAGGAGAUGAAGUGUAUAUGGCUGAUGUAUUUUUGGCUCCACAGAUUGCUAUAGCAACUGUGCGGUUUAAUAUUGAUAUGUCUAAGUUCCCUACAUUAGGUCGGAUCUAUGAAUCAUACAAGGUGUUACCAGAAUUCCUAGCCUCAACACCAGAAAGACAACCUGAUACUGUGCACUAAAUUUUUUGUUGGUUUCCCCAGAAAGUACCAACUACAAUAUUGUCAUAACUGUUAAAAAUGAGGACAAUACCAACAAAUUGCAGCAGUUAAAGUCCGUGCGUGAUAUUUGUAACUUUAUGCUAAUUUUUCUUCUGUAACUUAGAUGAUUAACCGAGUUCAAUUAGUUCUUGUUGUGUUUUCUUAUUCUCUAUUAGCCCUUAUCUGAUAUCUGUAAGACUUGGCAUGAGUUUUAGAAUUCCUCUUGUAAAAGCUUCAGUAUAUAACGAGAAUAGAACAUCACCAGAAGUCUCUGCAAGAGCAAAUGCCUCCCCUAAAA